AUGCUUCCCGAUUUCUUGCACGGCAGCUUCAAGCGCUACGAGGAGGACACUUCCAUUUUCAUGCACUGGCUCGUCGACACGGCGUCGAAAUGCCAGUGCCAGCAAGCACCCAAAGACUCGAAGCCUUCUCGAAGCAGUGCAAGCUUGAGGAUCAGUUUCGAGGAGAUCAGUCGCCUUGGAGACGUUGUUACGAAACACAAGACCACAGUACCUACAUCCGUCCUCGCUGCUGUUAGGCGGGCCAUAUCUCUUCGAAGGCAGUCUCGGAUUAGUAUUCAGGAAACUGCGGACGAGCGAGCUGCUCCGAUGAGCAACAUAUCCAUCGAUGAGACAGCAACCAAGAACCCAAGCAACCAUGAGAACGAGGUCCCAGUCUCCACGAAUGACUCGUUUGGUGCGCUUGCCCUUGAAAGACAAGAGGGUUUCAAAGACACUAUUGCCAGAGAGACGAUCCCACCCCAUCAGCGUCUGGUUGAGAUCGAUGAAAAGGGCACCAGAUACGACGGUCCCGGGUCCCUCGGUUGCUUUCGCAUCUUCUGCUUGUUCGAGGACUUGCACAACAUUCGCGAAUUCGUCUCGCAGACUGUCACCGAGUACGCCAACGGCAAGAUCGAUCUUGCGAAUAUGGCUAUCGUCGCUGAUACCGCAGUUGACCUGGCGAACCAACUCCUCGGCGAGUUCACCUCUGCUUCGAAAAAGAUCACAGAGCUAAGGAACGGAGUCAACCUCCAGCAGUUCAUCUACAAAACGGCCUGCUUGUCUCGAGGGAAGGACCCAAAGCCUCCACCAGAAUCUGGGCUGCCCUAUGACGUGGAGAUGGAGGAUGUCGCAGAAUGGUGCUAUUUGCGCACGCACUUCUGCUUAGAGUUCUUCGCCCAAUGCCUCGCAUCGAAGCGACUUCCGAGCUCCAACAAAAGUCAACCUGGUCUACCCGGCCUGGGGGUCGAGGGAAGUGAGACGAAUCAGGCGACUCGGUUCAACAACGACGCAAAUAUUCUGAUCAAACUUCUCGCAGAGUUCGCGUUUCUGCAAAAAUUUGGUCUCGAUCUGCCGGUGCAGGAUGAGAUCACGAUGGGUUUCAAGAAGUAUGCGAAGGAGAAGAAGAUCGGUGUGUGGUUGUGCUUCGCUGCGCAAAUUCUCUUGGAUGUUCACCACGGCUUAGCGCAUACCAAAUGCGUGCCGUUCAGCGAUCUCAGGCUCUCUGCGCUGCGGACAAAACAGACAAUCGAGGAACAUUGGGAGCUGAGCAAGACAUUCACCACCGGGCCGGAGAUCUGGAUGGCAAAAGGUGAAGAGUCAAUCGCAAUGCUCCAUCGCGAGGUACAUCGCUGGGUCAUGGAUGACGUUCUUUCUGACAUGAGGAACCAGAACAUGCCGCGACACAUUCAGAAGAGUCUCGAAGCCGCCGGUGGCAUCGAGAAGCAUUUCCUUCUCAAAUCACAUGCCAUCCUCUCCGGGUUGCUUGCCUUCAACUUCACCUUGCGCAUGCAAGCCGCAGGGGUCUUGCUCAUGAACCAAUGGUACGAGGUCGUGAAGAUGGCAUAUCUGUACAAUGCGAUUCGACAAAGCGGCAUCUGCAGCCUCACAUGGCCCGACAUGGACGUCUUCAUCGAGCUACACGGUGCUGAACACAUCUUUCCGGGUGGACGGCCCACAACCGCAGAUGAGUCUCUCAAGAAGCUCGAACUUGCUGCAGGCAUCAGUGAUUCGGACAACUCUGCGAGCCACCCACCAGCAAUUGAUAAGCGCAAGGUGCGGAUCAUGGAGCCCAGCGAAAUGGUGAAGGAUAUCAUCCAAGAACGCUAUUUGAUGCAUGGUCAAAGCAAGAUCUCGUUCGAGAACGUCGACAAGCUCAUCGAGGAGAUAGCAUCGGGCACCGAAGGCCACUCCAUCAGUGGUGAACAAGAGCUAAGUACAGACUCCGGCUUGAAGGUGAUAUGCUCGCGAUGGGCGCAAAGUCACCAUCUAGAUGCGUACGAGCUGCUCGCAGCCAUCAAGCAAGGCCUGUACACCGACGAGCCUCGUCUGCAGUUCAACUAUUUCGGCAUGCACAAACGCUGCGUCGAGAUCCUCCGUCAGGUCCAGCUCAAGGAGAACCACAAACUCCGCGAGUAUUUCGGUCCGGAUUACGUUCCUGACGACGACAUGAUCUCUCAUCUGGUAUUCUGGAUCUUGACUGUUGCUCAAGGCUCGGCUGCUGCUGGCCUACAGCCGGGUCUUUUGCCGGCGACGAAUGGUAGCAGUGUCGUGGCCAGCAGGAUUAUGAUUAGCUGCGCAGAGGUCAUGAAAGAGUACCUCCGGAAGAACGGGGACAAGGCGUGCAAGGAGCUGAAGACCUUCUGCAAGAACAAGACGUUUGGGUAG